UUGAAGUUUGGAGUGUUAAUUAACAGUUUCGGACAUUUCCAUCCUUCCCAUUGAUUCUUCAGUAGCUUCAAACUACUCCCGAGUUAUGCAUUCUUCAAUCACCUCAAUAACCCGCCAUUUCCGCUUAUACCACUCUGUUGUUCUCUCACACCUUCACACACUCCUCUUUUACCACACCUCUCCUCGCAGAAACCGUCUGUUUGCUCCCAAGCCCACGUCGGAAUCAGUUCAAAACCGGCCCAAGUCCGAUCUUUUCACGAGUCCGACUGUGACCCGCUUCAGUUUUUCGGACUUUGAACUCGAUACAGUUCUUGAAACCCUCAAUUGUUAUGCGAAUGACUGGAAGAUUGCAUUAGAGUUCUUCAACUGGGUUGAAAUCCAUUGCGGGUUUCAACACACCACUCAGACAUUUAACCGGAUUGUUGACAUUCUUGGUAAGUUUUUCGAGUUUGAUACUGCCUGGAAUCUGAUAGAAAGAAUGAGAAAGAGUCCAUCUUCUGUACCUGAUCAUACAACGUUUCGGGUGUUAUUUAAGCGUUAUGUCUCUGCUCACCUCGUUGAGGAAGCAAUUGAUGCGUUCUGUAGAUUGGAUGAGUAUAAUUUGAGGGAUGAAACUUCCUUCUCGAAUUUGAUUGAUGCUUUGUGCGAGUACAAGCAUGUGAUAGAAGCUGAAGAAUUGUGCUUUAAGAAAAAUAGGGAUAAUGAGUAUGAUGGCAAGCUGUUUGGGUUUAAUAUGGUAAGUACAAAAAAUUAUAAUAUGAUUCUACGUGGUUGGUUUAAAAUGAAGUGGUGGAGGAAGUGUAGGGAGUUUUGGGAGGAGAUGGAUAAGAGGGGUGUGAAAAAAGACUUGUAUUCAUACUCGAUAUAUAUGGACAUUCAGGUCAAGUGUGGGAAACCAUGGAAGGCGGUAAAGUUGUACAAGGAAAUGAGGAAGAAGGGUAUUCAGUUGGACGUGGUGGCAUACAAUACUGUAAUUCGUGCUAUUGGGAUUUCUGAGGGGGUUGAUAUGGCUGUGAGGCUUUACAAAGAGAUGAUUGAAUUGGGGUGCCAACCAAAUGUUGUAACUUUUAACACAAUUCUAAAGCUGUUGUGUGAGAAUGGGAGGUAUAGAGAGGCACAUAAAGUUCUCAAUCUGAUGACUAAGAAGGGUUGUCAGCCCGAUAUAGUUACAUAUCAUUGCUUCUUCGUGUGCCUUGAAAAGCCCUGUGAGAUUCUUAAGUUGUUUGAUAGGAUGAUUGGAAGUGGUGUCCGACCGAGGAUGGACACAUAUGUUAUGCUCAUGAGGAAGUUUGGAAGAUGGGGUUUCCUCCGGCCAGUGUUUCUUGUCUGGAAGAAGAUGGCGGAGCAUGGACUGAGCCCAGAUGAGUUUGCAUAUAAUGCUUUAAUUGAUGCUCUGCUGCAGAAAGGUUUGGUUGAUAUGGCACGUAAGUAUGAUGAAGAGAUGUUGAUGAAAGGGCUUUCAGCUAAACCAAAAGCUGAAUUGCAGACCAUAAUGGAUAGUGAAGUUUCCAGCAAUAGGUGACUUUCUUACGUCAGUUCAUAUGACUAACAAUUGUGAGAGUCUCGAUCUCAUGCCCAAGUUGAAAUAGCAAAGUGAACUUAUGGCCAUAAUAGGAAAAGAAGUAAACUAUGAGGCUUGCAGUGUGGUAUUGGUGGCUAGCAUGGGCAGAGAUAUGCUUGUAUUGAUUUUCAUGGGAGAUCAUUUACUGAAAGCCAACUCUAGGACUUAAUAGGAGAUUGGGGCUUGUGGUCAUAUCUACCAACUAUUUCUUGUCUGAAGCGCAAGUUCAUGUUUUGGAAAUGCUGCAUGCUUCUGAGAGUUACUGACAUGUAAAAUUUAGCUUACCGCUGACAAGAGCCUUCUGAAGUCAAACACAGUAUACAGAAAAAUCAGAAGCUUCCCCUGGAUCUUCUCCUCAUUAUAUCCACAGCCAAGUGUUGCCCACCUCCAAAGUAGCAACUAUAUUCAUUAACUGGAAAGGCCAUUUGCUGUGUGCCUCUAUCCUCUGGUUCUAAGUCAAAUCUCGAGAGUUGAGAUUUGUGGCAUUAUGCUGAUCCAUACUAGUUAAAGUUGAAUGGCUUAUUCUUGAAGAGAACUCGACGCAUGCCAGCUUCAGUGAGUGCAGGCAAUGAGACAGACCACUAUUGGCUGCGUACCUGCCACGAACAUUCACUGAUUUUCACUCCAAAAUCCCAGAUAAAUCAUGGUGGAGAGAAGUAAGCUUCUAUUUGUGUCGUAAACCAGUUUUUGGAGCCGUCAUAUAACUGCAGCAUAGACUGUGGUAGUAAAAUUAUCCUCCACAGACCAUGUGUCGAAUUGCCUAGAUUGGUUGAGGAUCCUCGCUUCCCUGGUCACCUACUCACUCCGACUGUAUAUGAGCAUGAGGAUGGCAAAUUUAACAUCCGUGUCUGCCAUAAUUAUGGAAAAGAUUUUAAGGGAUUUGCCUAUCAUGGCUAUUUGAGGAAGGAUUCGAGUUCAACAUUUGCACCGUGUGACUUUUUCAAUUACUUAUUAGAGAACAGAGGCUGAUAUGAUAUCCAAGUCGCUAGACGUUCAUUAUCGUUUGGGAUUUGGCGUAUGUAUUCAACCUCAACGUUCUAGUUACCAAAGAGCUACUUGUUUCUGCACACACCAUCUCUCCCUCAAUUGCUAUCAAUUACCAUCAGAGUUGGAGCACCUUCACAUCUAAGGUCACCACGCUCUAUUGCUCAGUGCAAAAGGUGUCUGCUCCUGGACUCUGCCAAUUGUAUACACAACAGUAAUGAGUUGUUUUUAUGAACGUGAAGAAUGUGAAUUUGUGAUAGACAUCAAAUGUGCAUCCGACCCCACACUAUAGAACAUGUAGCUUGCCAGUGACACAAACUGCUCGCUCGAUUAAAGGAUAAAGAAAAUGUCAUACUAUGUGAUGCUUGUUGAUACAACAAUCCUUAUCUCAGCAGGUACGCCUAUAUCUGAAUUUUGCCUUCGAUUAGGACUAUGAAUGUGCUGCCCUGCGAAGAUCGUUGAUGCACAGAUGGGACAAGCACCCGCUCAAGUUGAUCUACGGGCAUUCGUUUAAAAUUUUUGUGGUCCAAUUGAUGUGAACCGUAUUAAGUAUAUUUUGUCUAACUCUUUAAUUUAUGGUUUCUUUCUUUUAUUUAGUAGUAUAUGAAUUUUACUCAUGAAAAAGCAGAAGAUUUGUCAAACAACUCCGAGUUUGUGUAGGGACAGUAUUUUGCUGUGAGAAACAAACAUGUCCAAACUACAUUUCAUGGUUUCACAUCAGCAAAAGAAACAAUGUGGAAGUAGUGGUCAAUGCCUAUAAGUACUAUGUCCUACAUAUUGUAUUAAUCAUGGUGUU